CGGGCAGCGCGGGCGCGGGCAGCGUGAGUGGCGGCAGCCUGGCGGCCAUGGGCGGCCGGGAGCACCAGUACAGCUCGCUGUCCGCGGCGCGGCCGCUGAACGGGACGUACCAUCACCAUCAUCACCAUCACCCGACUUACUCUCCCUACAUGGGUGCGCCGCUGACGCCCGCCUGGCCAGCCGGACCCUUCGAAACGCCGGUGCUGCACAGCUUACAGAGCCGUGCGGGAGCCCCGCUCUCGGUGCCGCGAGGCCCCAGCGCAGACCUGCUGGAGGAUCUGUCCGAGGGCCGCGAGUGCGUGAACUGUGGCUCCAUCCAGACGCCGCUGUGGCGACGGGACGGCACGGGCCACUACCUGUGCAAUGCGUGCGGCCUCUACAGCAAGAUGAACGGCCUCAGUCGGCCCCUCAUCAAGCCGCAGAAGCGUGUGCCCUCAUCACGGCGGCUUGGAUUGUCCUGUGCCAACUGUCACACGACAACCACCACCUUAUGGCGCAGGAAUGCCGAGGGUGAACCCGUGUGCAAUGCUUGCGGACUCUAUAUGAAACUCCAUGGGGUGCCUCGACCACUUGCUAUGAAGAAAGAAGGAAUUCAAACCAGGAAACGAAAACCUAAAAACAUAAAUAAGUCAAAAGCUUGCUCCGGUAACGGCAGUAACUCUGUUCCUAUGACUCCAACUUCCUCCUCUUCUAACUCAGAUGACUGCACCAAAACCACAUCUCCUUCAACACAACCGACCGCCUCAGGGCCGGGUGCCUCGGUGAUGUCUGCAGUGGGAGAAGGCGCCAACUCCGAGAACAGUGACCUCAAGUAUUCAGGUCAAGAUGGCCUCUACAUAGGCGUCAGUCUGUCCUCUCCUGCUGAAGUCACGUCCUCUGUACGGCAGGAUUCUUGGUGUGCUCUGGCCCUGGCCUGAGCUGGUGCUGACAAGGGGCUAGGAGGGAUCUGAGGCCUCAUGCCACUGUGUCUGAAUUUGUCCAGCAGUCCAGAGGGCAGCAAAAAUGCAGACGUAACAUUCCUUCGAUGCAUGAUUUCUGUGCCUUUGUUUUGAAAGAGAUAUAUUUCCCAAGAAGCUUGCUGAAGUAAGAAGAGAUGGCUCCUUGCAGGAAGGGCCAGUACAGCAGGCACGUGGCCUGCUCCUACCAGCCUGGGCCACCUCCAGCCAGCCUGCCUCUGGGUCUGCCCCACACCAGUGGCAGAAACUGUGACAAUGACUGGAGCCUUGUCUGCUAAGGAAGACUGAGAGAUUUAAAAAAAAUGUUUUAUGCCUAUUGCCCCAAAUCAUGUGCUUCUUGUGAUCAACCUCGGUUAUCCCAGAAUUUCUUCAUCCCUGAUCGACAUUAGCAUUUCACAAGCAUUCAUGGAGAGGAGCACUGAAGCCAUUUGGUACAUCCUGGGGGGCUGAGUGCAACUCCUGGGGUCUAUUAGUCUGCAAGAUGGAAUUAUACCGGGCAGAUGCUGACUGACUUUUCUCAGCGUUCAUCUGAGGUCACUCGGAAUUUGUAAACAGGGUAGCAAACAAGAUAUUUUUCUUCCAUGUACACAAUAAUUUUUUAAAGUGCAAUUUGCGUUGCAGCAAUCAGUGUUAAAUCAUCUGCAUAAGAUUUAACAGCAUUUUUAUAAUGAAUGUAAACAUUUUAACUUAAUGGUACUUAAAAUAAUUUAAAAAAUGUUAACUUAGACAUGCUUCUUACACCCAUAGCCCAUUUCUGUAUUCCCAAUUGUUUAAAAAAAAAAAAAAGCAACAACAAAAAAAGAUUUCAAGAACAAAUCUUCUCUCAGGAAAAUUGCCUUUUCUCCAUUUAUGAAUUUUUAUACAAGAAUACCAACACAGCCCCCUUUCUUUUACUGAGGAAAAAGUGCUGGAAAUUGCAACAAACCUUUACUACCUAAAGAUUAGCAUUUGUAAAUACUCUAAGCAUCUGUAAGCACUCUUGAAGUCUGUACCGUGUGACUAACCCACAGGUUGGUUUACAUUAUUUUUUUUUUAAUGGGAUGUUGUAUGGAAACCUAUUUCACCAGAGUUUUAAAAAAAUAAAAAGGGUAUUGUUUUGUGUUCUGUA